AUGCCGUUUGGGAUGCCAAAUGGCACCAAUGGCGUCCGCCACGACCCAGAAGUCGAGAUCCUAAGCAUGGCAGUGAACUAUCCCAAAGAAAGAGUAUAUCCAGCGCAGUUCGAGGAGUUCAGAAAGCGCCACUAUGCUGACACAGAAGUGAUGUUGAAAACGAUGGCGCUUAAUAGACGGACGGGCAUCAAAUCACGUCCGUCAGUCUUGGAUCUCGACGGCCCACUUGUCAACGGGCCAAAAACUCCUUCCAUUAAUGACUUGGAUGCUGUAUUCAGGGAUGUCGGCAUCAGGCUAUCAGUACAGGCCUGCCAGAAAGCGAUCGAGCAAUGGGGAGGAGAUAUGAAAGACAUUACUCAUAUGUUUUCGAUGACCUGCACCCACACGGGGAAUCCGGGGUUCGAUGCGAUUGUUGCCCGAGAAUUAGGACUCAAACUAGAUACAGAACGGGUUCUUAUUCAUGGCACAGGAUGUUCCGGGGGACUUUCUGUCAUUAGAACUGCCUUCAAUAUCCUACAAGCCGAGACUUUCCGACAACGGCCGGCUCGGGCACUAGUACUAGCGACAGAUAUACCCACUACCCUAGCGAGGAGCAGCUUGGACGAUGUCACUCCGGAGGCUGGUGUUAAUAUCGGACCAAUUUUGUUCAGCGACUGCUCCACAGCAUAUAUCAUGAGCAACGGGAUCAAACGACGGGAUUUCGAGAAACCCAUUUAUCAAGUGAUGAAUUGCAAGCAUGCCUUACUCCCAGGAACAGAGGAUGAGAUCACAUUCAAUAUCGACGUAACUGGCUACAAAUCCGUUGUAUCCAAGAAGGUUCCCUUUGUUUGUGGCGCGGCAAUCGGUCCGUUAUUUCAAGAGUUUCUCAAGCGUACACCAGAAGCUCCCAAUCAUGUCGAGCCAGAUCCUCGUCAAUUCGAUUGGGCACUGCACCCGGGCGGCAUCUCUAUAGUCGAUGCUGUCCGGCAGAGUUUGCAACUAGAUCACGAGCACCUUCGUGCUAGUUAUGAUAUCUACACCAACAAUGGAAAUAGUUCUAGCACAACGGUGCUAAACGUGAUAGAUCGCCUGCCACAGAUGGGAGACGGCCGGAAGGACGUCAUUGCUUGCGCAAUGGGUCCAGGAAUCAACGUCGAGAUGAGUUACCUACGCCGGGUCGAAACGAAGUAACGCGAAUUGGAUCGAUUGGGGUCGUUGUAAAACACUGGGACAUGAUGGCGCAAAAGUGUUCCCCUUUUGUCAUAAUAGCAGCUAUUUCGUCGUGGUCUUGCUCGUCAUUGCGGA